CACUCACUUAUGGCCAACUCAAUGACUCUGUUCAAUCUAUCUCUUCUCGGUUGCUGCUGCCAUUACAAAGAGGUGACACUGUUCUGAUUCUCUGCCCACCUGGUCUGGAGCUUGUUGAGGUCCUCUUUGGGUGUCAAAGAUCUGGCCUUUUGAGCAUACCCAUCUCCCCACCUGACCCUUCUUUUGCUCAUGAUAACUUUCAUCACUUAAUUAGAGUGAUUUCACAGACCAAACCCAAAGCAGCCAUUGCUCUCCCUGAUUAUAUUGCAAGUGUUCGACGAUAUGCCUCAUCCACCUCCAGCAACAAGAGGCUUGCAGAGAUGUUACAAAAUCUCAAAUGGCUAUCCACUGAUUACAUCAAACAUAAGAUUGAAGAUCAUUCAAGGUCGAUUACUGGUUCUUACAAUGGUUGCAAGCCUGAGGAGGCGUAUUUGAUUCAGUACACUUCAGGUGCAACUGGAAUACCAAAACCAGUGAUCGUGACUGCAGGAUCAGCUGCUCAUAAUGUCAGAACAGCAAGGAGAGCCUACGAUCUUCAUCCAAACAGUGUGAUUGUAUCUUGGUUGCCACAGUACCAUGAUUGUGGUCUUAUGUUCCUCUUACUUACUAUUGUUGCUGGGGCAACAUGUGUGUUAGCAUCACCAAUUUCAUUUGUCUCCCGGCCUAGACUCUGGCUCGAGCUGAUUUCGGAAUUCAAGGCUACUUGCACUCCGGUUCCAUCGUUCACAUUGUCUCUUGUUGUAAAACGUGGCGGGGUUGAUAAAGGAACUUCACCUAUCAAUCUAUCAAGUAUGAGGAAUCUUAUCAUCAUCAAUGAACCAAUUUACAGGUCAUCAGUUGAAGAAUUCGUGGAGGUGUUCAAGGGUUUUGGUCUGAAUGCAUCAUCCAUCUCUCCCUCUUAUGGAUUAGCGGAGAAUUGUACUUUUGUUUCGACGGCGUGGAAAAAUGACAACACAACAGGCUUUCCUAAUCUUCCCUCUCACAACAAGCUCCUACCAAUUGCAAGACUUGUUACUGAAGAUGAGGAUAUGAGCAUUUUACUUGUCAAUGAAGAUACUAAAGAACCUGUUGAGGACGGGAUAGAAGGCGAAAUAUGGGUUUUGUCUCCAAGCAAUUGUUCAGGCUAUCUUGGUCAUCCUUGUUUAACUCGCGAGAUAUUUCAAGCGAGACUAAGCAACAAAGUGAGCAAAUGCUAUGUCCGGACAGGUGACAGAGGCGUCGUCUAUGGACAAGAUAGGUUUCUCUUUGUGACUGGUCGAUGUUCCGACGUUAUCAAACUCCCAAACAAUCAAGAAGUACAUCCUCAUUACAUAGAGACCGCAGCUUAUAAUAGCUGUCCAAAGUUUCUCAGGGGAGGCUGUCUUGCUGCAUUCGAGAUAUCAAGAACAACUGCUCUUGUAGCUGAAUUAAUGCAGAGAAGUGAAGGCAUCAAUGUUGGUGUUCUGAGGAGUAUCUGUGAAGGGAUCAAGAAAGCUGUGAUGACAGAACAGAAGGUUGAAUUGGGUUUGGUAGUUCUUGUGAAGAGUGGGAGUGUUCCAAAAACUACUUCUGGUAAAAUUCAAAGAUGGGCAGCCAAGGAUAAUCUCAUUAGAGGCAAACUGAAGGCAGUGAUGGCAAUGCAAUUAGACGACGACAAUACGUCGUCGUUCGGGGUCAUGAGUAAUGUCAGAGCUGCAGGCCAUCCCCCAUUGUUAUCUCUUCUGUGAUGUGAUAAUAAAAGAGGUUUUAUAUUUGGUGAAGAUGGGUGAGAAAAUGAGGGUUUUGGCAAUACUCUUGAGAGAAAGAGGGUGGAAGAAAGCUUUCUUUUCCAUGGAAGCUACUUUGCAUUGGUGAAAGCUGCUUGUUUUCCAUGGUGUUGUGUAAUGAUAUAUUUGAAUUCAAUAAAUAUUUAAAUAACCAGAUUAAACUUCUUUUAACAC